AGGACUGGUCUGCCGCGAAGGCGUCUGGGAAAUGGAGUUCCCAGCUAGGUAUAGCCCAGGGGCAGUAGGGAAGUCAGCGGCGCCUGCGCGAGCGAGUCCGGCCUUAGGGCCAGGAUGCGCGCGCAGCGCGCUCCGCCCAGCGGAAGUUUCUGUGGGGUAACUGUGAAGGUCACUGUCAAGAUGGAGUUUCCAGCCCAGUGAAUCCAGGGACCAGACCGUGACCCCAUAAAGCAUGAUCUCCUUCUGUCCAGACUGUGGCAAAAGUAUCAAAGCAACAUUCAAAUUCUGCCCCUACUGUGGAAAACUUUUACCUGCAGAGGAGUGUGCGGGGUCCCCGACCUUUGUCAAGCCACGUGUGUCAUCCCUCCGAGGCUCCAGGAGAGAGCUGAACUGCAGUUCUGAAAUUUCUCCCAAGAGAGUGAAAUGGUCUAGCACUGUCACCCCUCCCCAAUUAUCCCUCUUCUCAGAUGGUGACAGUUCUGGGUCUGAAGAUACCUCAAGUCCUUCUGGGAGAUCCAAAGGGUCGUGGAGCAGGCCCCCAACGCCCAAGUGCAGCCCGCAGCCGACCAGGCGAAGCCCUCAGACACUCAAGCGGAGCCGGGUGACCACCUCACUUGAGGCUUUGCCCGCAGGAACGGUGCUGACAGACAAGAGUGGGCGGCAGUGGAAGCUGGGAUCCCUCCAGACCAGGGACGACCAGGGCAUUCUCUAUGAAGCUGAAUCCACCUCCAUCCUCGCCUGUGGGUCAGAUCCCCAGAAACAAAAGUUCUCACUCAAAUUGGAUGCCAAGGAUGGGCGCUUGUUCAACGAGCAGAACUUCUUCCAGCGGGCCGCCAAGCCUCUGCAAGUGAGCAAGUGGAAGAAGCUGUACUCAGCCCCCCUACUGGCCAUCCCCACCUGCAUCGGCUUCGGUGUUCACCAGGACAAGUACAGGUUCUUGGUGUUCCCCAGCCUGGGGAGGAGCCUUCAGUCAGCCCUGGAUGACAACCCGAAGCACGUGAUGUCAGAGAGGUCUGUGCUGCAGGUGGCCUGCCGGCUGCUGGAUGCCCUGGAGUUCCUCCAUGAGAACGAGUACGUUCAUGGAAAUGUGACAGCCGAGAAUAUCUUUGUGAAUCCACAGGAUCUGAGUCAGGUGACCCUGGCAGGCUAUGGCUUCACCUUCCGCUAUUGCCCGAGUGGCAAACACGUGGCCUACACAGAAGGCAGCAGGAGCCCACACGAGGGGGACCUCGAGUUCAUUAGCAUGGACCUGCACAAGGGAUGCGGGCCCUCCCGCCGCAGUGACCUCCAGACCCUGGGAUACUGCAUGCUGAAGUGGCUCUGUGGGUUUCUGCCGUGGACAAACUGCCUUCCCAACACUGAGGAUAUCAUGAAGCAGAAGCAGAAGUUUCUUGACAACCCGGAGGCCCUGGUGGGACUGUGCGGUCACCGGAUCAGGCCCUCAGAGACCCUGCAGGAGUUCCUGAAGGUGGUGAUGACCCUCAAGUACGACGAGAAGCCACCCUAUGCCAUGCUGAGGAACAAUCUAGAAGUCCUGCUGCAGGAUCUGCGAGUGUCACCCUAUGACCCCAUUGACCUCCAGAUGGUGCCAUAGGUGGAAUCCAGAACUUUCAGUUUGCAGUUUGCAAUAGAAAAAAAAAAUAUGAAGCAAUGUGACUCAAGGCUUGCUGUUUAAUCACAGAGAAGCUUCUAGAACAAUCCCUGGAAUGUGCAUUCCUGCCACUUGUUCAGACGAUGCUCACCAGUCUGAGUAGUGCCAGGGAACCCGGCAGCUACCUGCAGCUAAUGUGAAGUUCCUCCUUUCGACCGGCCCUGCCUCUCCGCUGUCGUCCCCAGCCCGCCGCUGGGGUGUGGACGGAGAGGACCCCGACUCCCAGACGGGGCUGCCCCGGCCCCACAGGGGGACCCCUCCUCCCAUUAGCACCACUGUGCUUUGGUAAUAAAUUGUCUUUGUGG